AUGUUGACUUAUAGAAAGAAACGAAAGAAACGAAUAAAAGAAUGUAAGCUGUCCGGCCCUCUGUUGUCGUUCCUCUGGAUGUGUCUGUGGCCCGUACUGGUGUCUGUGGGGGCCGCCUUGCUGCCUCGGGCUGCCGGAGAAGAUGUCCCCGGAGUUGUCUCAACAUCAUCUUACCCUUCUGGAGAAGUCUGUGGAUCUAUGUCGCAAAGAAACUGUCUAAGUAAGUCUUGCUGUACACAGUUCAGAGUGUGUCAAUGUCCGCCAGGGAUGUCCGGCGAUGGCGGCUUUCACUGCUACCCUACAAAUACAAUCCAGGCGCAGAUACAAGGCGACUCACAACUAUUGCGAACAUUCCACAAUACAAGUGUUGUCAUGGGCUGGCCCUGUCGUUUCCGAUUGACCGAGUUUAGCACAAUGCGGAAUGUUCUGAAACAAACGUGCUUAUUUCAGGUAUUCGGAGUCAAUCAAAUUGUGGGAGGGAGGAUUGCAACCACGGGAGUUGAGGUCCAUCUACAGCUGACCCAGGGAUCAAAGAUCCUGGGUGGCAUAGGAAUUCGGAAUGACGGAAAGGCUGCAAACGGCGUUUUCACGUACACAGAGCGAGGCAGGAAUCAAUUUAUCAACGAGCUUCCGGUUACGGGUAUUGAUGAGCAAAGUGACGAUUCAAUGGCUGAUGGCAGUGGGAGUGGAGAUGGCAGCCUUAUAGACGACGACGAAGACAAUGACAAGUAUGACUGGGGUCCGCCUGAAGAACUGGACGUGGAUGGUGAGAGAGUGGUGUCUCAGAUUGACGAGGACAACUUUGCCACAGUGGAUGUGCCCAGCUGCGGGACUACAGUUCGUUUUAGGGCGCCUGAUCUUGAAGCUGUGGACGACAGUCAAACACCGGGACCUCUCUGUGAGCAUUAG